UUCUUAGUUUCGCUAGGCUGAUCAGUAUUCACUAUUCAGUAGAUUUUUAGAAGUCAUUGGAGAGGCAUGUGUAGUAUGUAGGUGAUAUUCAGUUUUGAAUCAUCUAUAAACGAUAAUAAGUUAACAUAACGUCCACUAUUUCGUUACAAGGCAGUUGCUAGUUUAUUUAAAAUAUAAAAACAAUCUGAGAAAAACUUAAUUUGUGAGUUGUUAGUGCUUCUAAGGAAGACAUCGAUCAACAGCUGAUCUUGGAGCAUCAUAGAUCAGGCUCUCGCAAUGCCCUCAACACAUGUGAUAUAAAGUGCAAUUAUUUACAAGUAGCGUUUAGUACGUGAUGGAUCCGGGAUACUUCGACAUCGAGCGGAAACAAAACCCGCGGGAGAAGGCAAAUUUGAUCUCCAAGACAAGCUUCUGGUACACGAAACAGCUUUUUGAAAAGGGUAGGAAAGGACAGCUCAGCAUUUCUGAUGUAUACAGAUGUACGCCAGGGCACAGGGCUGCCCCUCGAGGUGACAGUAUGAGCGAGAAGUGGAAAGAGGAAUUGGAAAAAAAAGAUAAGAAUAAGAAGCCUUCACUACUUCGUUGCAUCAUUUCCUUGUACGGUCUCAAGUUUAUCGUCACCAAUUUUAUUUUUGCAAUCAUCGAUACGUUCUUUAGAAUAUCUACGCCGAUAUGUUUGGGAGGCUUAAUAAACUAUUUCUCGUCACCGAAAUCCGGGGUAACAUCGACACAGGCCUAUCUCUACGCUCUGGGCAUUGUUGGUUUCAUGGCAAUGAACGCGACUCUCAUCCAUCCAAUGUUGCUGAAUCUACUCAACAUGAGUAUGAAGAUACGCGUCGCUUGCUGCUCACUCAUAUAUAGAAAGCUUCUCCGGCUAGAUCUCACCGCUGGCGGUAAAGCUUCCGAAGGUCUGGCCGGCCACGUGGUCAACCUUCUCACUACAGACGCCCAGCGGUUCGACAUGGCCAGCGUGUUUCUGUUCGACCUGGUCCGGACUCCCAUCGAGAGCGUCAUCAUUGUAUACCUGAUGUACCAGCAGAUUGGAGUCUCUUCAAUCAUCGGUGUUGCGUUCUUGUUGAUGUUCAUACCAUUACAAGGUUAUUUGGGCAAGAUAUCGAGCCGGUUGCGAAGGCAAACGGCCGUCCGGACGGACAACCGGAUCAGGCUGAUGAACGAAACGAUACAGAGCAUCGAAGCUAUAAAAAUGUACGCCUGGGAGAACGCCUUCGCUGGGAUCAUUGGAAAGGCGAGGAAAAAAGAAAUGAACGUCAUCAAGAAGAUGUCCUGGCUGCGUACCGUGAUGAUAUCAUGCGUGAAACUCAACACAAAAGUCGCCAUAUUCCUCAGUAUUAUUGCCUUUAUCUCCUUCCAAAACGACCUCACCGCUUCCAAAGUGUUCGUCAUCUUCGCGUACUACGAAAUGUUGAAAUCGACGCUCGUGGAUUUCUUGCCACUUUCAAUCACGUUCACGUUGGAGGCGUACAUCAGUGUGCAGAGAAUGCAAGAGUUUCUGAUGCUGCCAGAGGUUGAGAAUCAAGAUGGCGUCGACUUGUUGAAUAUUGAUAAGAAGGAGAUUAAGACGAACGGCGUUUUUGAGAAAAUUGGGAACGGGCAACAGGCGUAUAUAAAAUCAGAAUCAAACCUUGAACAAGCGAAGCCGGACUACCUGAUCAACUUCAAGGAUUAUACCGUGUACUGGCGGAACACUGAAGACGAGACCUUGGACAGAACUGUGCCCGCUUUGAUGAACAUUAACAUGGCGAUAAGACCGGAGUCCCUGACUGUGGUUGUCGGGAUGGUGGGGUCUGGCAAGUCCACGCUCAUCCAUGCUAUGUUGAAGGAGUUCAUCCCCAGCUCGGGAACGAUCAGCGUCUGUGGGAAGUUGGCCUACGCCUCGCAGGACCCCUGGCUUUUCGACGCCUCGGUUCGUCAGAACAUACUGUUCGGCCAAGACUUGGACUUGCGCCGAUACAAGCAAGUGAUCAAAUGUUGUCAGCUGAAGACUGAUUUAGAAAUACUCGCGCACGGCGACAAAACCGUAGUUGGUGAACGGGGCACGUCACUAUCGGGCGGUCAACGUGCACGCAUUUCAUUGGCGCGCUGCGUGUACCAACACGCGGAUGUGUAUCUCCUAGAUGAUCCACUUGCAGCUGUUGAUGCUAAGGUAGCCCAAGCAAUAUAUGAAGAGUGUGUCAGAGGUUUCCUAAGAGACAAGGCGGUCGUGCUCGUCACUCAUCACGUGCAGUACGCCCGGCAUGCGAACAACGUCAUUGUUAUGAGGAACGGAAGGAUUGUCGCACAAGGAUCGUACCACGAGUUGAAGAAUAGCGCGCCAGAGUUUGAGCAGCUGAUCGAGAUGGGAGAAAGAGUCGAAGGAGAGAAGCAGAAGCAGAAGGUCACUUCGUAUGAGAACAAAGAGAGCAUGGAACACAGUCAUAUAUUGAGAUCGCAGAGGUCAAUGUCGGAGGCUUCACAGCUUUCCUUCAAUCUGGACUCGGAGAAUUCUAACCCGAAAUAUGAAGGUGAGACCCAGAAGAAGGGUUCUGUCUCUGGCAAUGUAUAUCUAUCGUACAUCGCGAGCGGUGGAGGCAAAGCUACCAUGCUGCUUCUACUGUCGCUGUUUCUCAUCGCGCAGGUGUUCUACUCGUCCACUGACAUCUGGCUUAAAGAAUGGGUGAACUUAGAAGAAUCGAACAGUGCGAAGAUUAUUGCGUUACGCAGCAACGAUUCCCUUGUCCCGAUGAUCGACUAUAAGGAUCUAACAGCGAACCGCUGGCACCUGUCCCGCGAGCAGUGCGUCUACAUCUAUGCCUCGCUGAUUGGCAUCUGUAUGUUCUUCACCUGGAACAAGCUCCUCGUGUUCUACAACACCUGCAUCAGGGCCUCCACCAAGCUUCACGAUACAAUGUUCAGAGGAGUGACGAAUGCACCCAUGUGGUUCUUCCACCACAACCCCUCGGGCCGCAUCCUGAACAGGUUCUCUAAGGAUAUGGGACAGGUUGAUACCUUGCUUCCAGUAGCGCUCGUGGACUGUCUUGGGUUCUUCCUGGAAGUGAUAGCAAUUCUGGUAGUGGUGUGCCUGGUGAAUUGGUGGCUGAUCCUGCCUACGGCUGGAGUCGCCUGUCUGCUAUAUCUGCUGAGGAGUCUGUUCCUCAGCACUAGUCGCGAGCUGAAGAGGAUUGAGGCUAUCGCUCGAAGCCAGAGCUUGAACCACGCAGCCGCCACCGUGUCGGGUCUCACCACCAUCCGCUCCACCCGCGAGCAGCAGCGGACGCUGGCGCAGGAGUUUGACAAGCUGCAAGACCUGCAUAGCUCGUCGUGGGCGCUGGUGCUCACCACGAACCGGGCGUUCGGCUUCUGGAUGGACAUGAUCUGCUGCGUCUACCUGGCCACUGUUACUUUCAGCUUCUUCUUAUUCUCCAGGGAAGGAAAUAUGGGCGGUAACGUGGGGCUCGCUAUAACGCAGGUGAUAGGGCUGGUGGGGAUGUGUCAAUACGGGAUGCGGCAGACGGCUGAAGUUGAGAACCAGAUGACUUCUGUUGAAAGAAUAUUGGAGUACACGAGUUUGCCUCCCGAAAAACCGGUUGACCCGGACGAGACAGCUCUGAAGAACGAACAUCCAGGACUGGACUUCAACUCCUGGCCGAGCAAAGGCGAAAUAUUAUUCGAAGAUGUAUCGCUGGAGUACGAGAAACCGCCGAAACGUGACAAAGAGGAGCACCUGCCCAAGAUAGAGGAAACCCCGUACGCGAUCAGGGGAGUCAACUUUGUGAUACGACCGGGGGAGAAGGUGGCUGUGGUAGGCAGAACUGGCGCUGGCAAGAGCUCGCUUAUAUCAGCCUUGUUUAGGCUUAACAAGAUAACAGGAAAAGUAGCGGUGGACGGCGUGACAGCGGAGCAGGCGGGGCUACGCAAGUGGCGGUCGCGGCUGUGUGCCUUGCCGCAGAGACCCGCGCUGUUCGCGGCCACGCUGCGGGACAACCUGGACCCGGAGCACAAGUACAGCGACGCGGAGAUACACGCGGCCUUGCACGAGGUGGAGCUGGACUCGCUGGUGUCAAGUAUGGCCGGAGGUCUGUCGUCGCGAGUGGGCGAUGGGGGAGGUAACCUGUCCAGUGGCCAGCGACAGCUCCUGUGUCUGGCGCGAGCUGCACUGGCCAAGCGAGCUGUACUUGUUCUGGAUGAGGCCACCGCUAACGUGGAUACGGAGACGGACAGACAGAUCCAGCUCACGAUUCGCGACAAGUUCGCGAGCUCCACCGUACUUACCAUCGCGCACCGUCUCAACACCGUCAUGGAUUACGAUCGGGUCAUUGUAAUGGACAAAGGCCGCGUGGUGGAGUCAGGGCAUCCGUACGAGUUGCUGACCCAGUCUAGGGCUGACCAGCGGAGACGUAGUCUUCUUUCCAAGAGUCAGGCACCGCUGGCCAUACCCGAAAACUUCGCGUACCAGUCGCCGGGCGAGUUCACAGAUGAAUCGGAGACUCUAGUGUUGUCCAAGGACCGAGUGAGGACCUACUCCAACAGAUCGGAAGCUGUGGAACAGGACACAGGAAUUUUCAAAACUCUCGUCGAACAAACGGGACCGGAGACGGCGGCCUUAUUAAACAAAAUGGCGGAAGAGAGUUAUAAAAGAAUGCUGCUUAAGAAAGCCUCGUGAACACACAAUAUUGGUGCUAUAAACUGCCAUAAUUACUAUAGAUAAUGUUAUACAUAAAUAUUUUAAUGUAUAAUUUAUUAAUUUCAAUUAUUAUUAAAGUGUAUAAAUCGAAUUUCAACUCGAAUUUGUCGGAAAUUCCUUCGAAUGUAUUUAAGUUGCGUAAAAAUAUUAAAAUAAUACUUUUACAUACAGCAAGUCGUUUCUUGUUUUAUAAUGGUGUCUACUUAAGUAAUUAUAGGGUUUAAUUUACAUCAGAUUUUGAGCACAAAAUUUAUUUAUUGUCAUUAAACAUGUGUGGAUGAGUCGUAUAGAUAUAAUUGUUUCCGUCUGGUAUACAUGGAGGCGAUUUAUAGUAUAGGCGAUAAUAGAUCUUAUCGCUUUCGCCUGGGAAAAUCGAGUAGAUUAACAGUUCAUAUAGACCAAAUCAGUGUCGCUUCAUAAAAGAAUUCAAUUCAUUAAGUCUUAAAAAUCUUAUUCCUUUCGCCUGGGUAAAUCGACUAGAUUUACAGUCCGAAUAGACCAAAUCAUUGUCGGUUCAUAAAUGAAUUCGAUGAAUUAAGUCGUAUAAAUCUUAUUCCUUUCGCCUGGGUAAAUCGACUAGAUUUACAGUCCGAAUAGACCAAAUCAUUUUAGCUUCAUCAAUUAAUUCUUUUAAUUAAAUCUUAUAAAUCUUAUUCCUUUCGCCGGGUAAAUUGACUAGACUUACAGUCCGUACAUACGAAAUCAUUUUAGCUUCAUUAAUGAAUUCGAUUAAUAAAGUCUUAUAAAUCUUAUUACUUUUAGCCUGGGUAAAUCGACUAGAUUUACAGUCCGUAUAGAUCUAAUCAUUUCCGCUGAAUUUGAUUAAUAAUGUCUUAUAAAUCGUAUUCCUUUCGCUUGGGUAAAUCGACUAGAUUUACAGUUCCUAUCUAAUCAUUUCCUCUUCAUUAAUGAAGUCUCAUAAAUCUUAUCCCUUUGAGACUCAGAGGUCCAAUAGAUCUAAUCUCAUGUAAUAGGAUAAAUGGGGUAGCUUUAAAGAUCAUGUAAACUCAUUCGCCUGGAUUUACUGAAGAGAUUUUGAGGUAGUCUUGAUCUAAUAUGUUCCGUGUCUACAAAUGUAGUCUUAUAUCUUAUAGAUCUAAUCUCAUCGGGAAGAGUAAACGAGGUAAAACUCUUUUGUUAUGUAAAUGGCGUAUCGCUAUGGGUAUUUUAGUUAUCAUCUCGAAUCAUUGGGUAAAUAAUUAAAAAAAUAGACUGGAAUUACUGGGCUGGGUAGGUUUUUAGGACUUACAGGUAUUCCUGUAUGGGUGAGAAGGGUAGCCUAUUUAAUAGAUCUAAAGAAAUUCGAAAAAAAAUAUAUUUGUAUAUAUGUAUUCUUACUAUUUGAUCAAAAUAUAGAAUCUUUGUUUCAAAUAGAUAUGAAUGAGACUCUUUAGCUGCCUAACCUCAAUUACGUAAUUCAAUUAAUUUUGUAUGUGGAAUUCUGUUGGUUUGUUUUCCAAGAUGCUUUAAGGUUAUCCCGACUUAGAGAUCUUCCUUUAUCUAUCACACUUCUUUACUUCCAGUUUUUUACCGUGCUGAGUUAGAAUAAAAAUAAGCAGCAUGAAAUCUUUUCUCCAUUUGCUUAUGGUCGAUAAUGCCUUGGUAAUUGUUGCUGUGACUUAGGUACUUACAUUUCGAAUAAAUGUGAUCCUUCUAGAAAUAAUCUUUAUUUUGUACUUAAAAAGGCAUUUACCAUUGCAAGUAUAAUAAACAUGCUAGUUCAAAUAAUGUGUAAACAUGGUGCGAUGAAUUAUGCGAUUUUAAUUGUUUCUGCCUUUUCACUUAUCUUUCUACAAAAGGCUUUAUAAAAGUGAGAAUUUUCUCUUAUUGUAUAUAUAAUAUAAUUUAAUAUGCAUUACAAAUCUUGAAUAUAAUGAUUACGAAUUAUAUCUAAUUAUAGAUGUUGCAAUUAUAAAAAGCCACAAAUAUGUCAAUUGCUCGGUGUAAACUGUAAACUAGCUAAAAUGUAAAUGUAAACUUAAGGCCGCUAUCCCAAGAAAUCACCAAAAUAGCGCAUAAUUGAAACCGUUCCUUAACGGUUUAUAUAAAGCUUUUAUUUUAACAAAAAAAUAAUUAUACGUCUACAGAGCAUGAGAAGAAAAUUCAUUUUUUCUUUACAUUUCUAUCUUAAAUAGACAUUGCGAAAAAAAAUCAUCACUUGAUGAUUUUUUUACUCCUUACUUUUACAGCUGGAGACAUGUUAAUUAUUCAAUCUAGAUAAAACUGUAUGAAAAACUAUUUACUGUUUACAAAUACUAUUUAACAUGUAUUGAAUUUUAUUUAUUGAAAAUUAUAUUAUGUUUGUAAUAAAUUAAAAAUACUUCUAAUUAUGAAUUAAAACAAUGGCGAUAUUGUGCGAGAGAGGUAACCUAGCUCCGCUCGAUUGCUCAAGGCCGUUGGCUCGGUCCCCAGCCUUAAGCAACAAUUUAUUGUUAAAAACUUUAUUAUUUAGGUAUUUAAUAAUUUAAUUGCAAAUGGCCUAAUAUUAGUUCUAAAUUUGCCGAAAGAUAGCAAGUUUAGAACUAAUAGAAUAGGCAGUUAAACAAUUUUUGCGUUGCUUUUUCGGCAAUGUGAAAUAUCCCGAAACGAUUUUGAUUCUUUAAUUUAAUGUAUAAAUUCUAAAUAAAGUCUCAAAUAAAACAUAGUCUCAAAUAUGCGGUCCUCUACUUAAUUACACAGAUAAUAAAGCGAUAGAGGCUGUGUCAUCACAUUUUUUUUAUUGAUUGCUAAUAAUAUACAUGUGGACUGACACACUCAGCAAUUAUGGACUCUUCUUCGUGUUUCAGAAAUUGAACAAUUAUUAGACGCGAUGUUUAAGUUUCACUCGUCGUUAAUGUUUCUAAGGUUACAAAUGCUAACUGAAAUGCUGGCUGACCAUACAGACUCAAAUAUAUCUGAAUAAAUUUUAAAAAAUCCAUGUAUUUCUUAAAAGCUAUGAAUAUAGUAAUAUAUAACUAAGACGUUGCAUCAUCUUUUAGAGCACAGCUUUUACAUAGGUAUAAUAUCAAAAUUAUCUUUCGUCGGAAAAACUAAUAACAUGUCAAAAUUUGUCGCUAGCUUAGAAUUAAUUUGCGUUUCCUUGUACUUAAUAUAUGGUGCUGAAUUUGUGAACAUUUUCAAUUGUAUUAUAGGAGAACUAAUUAAACUACCUCACUUCUAAAGCGAAACGGAAAUAUUUUAUGUUAAACGAAAUUCAAAAUGGCGGUUAGAGCUGGCAUAUUGUUAAUUGAUGAUUUCAGAAAGUUGUUGCAAUUAUUUUUACAUAUAAAACUGGUUCUUAUUGUUAUUGUAAUAAUAGCCAAUUUUGUGUGGGCAAGUUUUGAUGUAGUAAUUAUUUGGUUUGACCACAUUAUGAGUAAUUAUGUGGUUUCAUCAAUAGAGAUCAAAUAAGUUUAUUACUCUGUAUCUUUAUAUGCGCAAUAUGUUGGUAGUGAUUUAGUUAAGAAAUAUUGUGAUAUGAACACACCAGUAUUCUUUUAAAUAUUCAAUUAUUAGUGUUAGAAAAAAUAAUUGUAAUUUUCAAAGAAAAUUAUAUUUUACUACUUACUGGUUACCAUUUUAUUGUAUGAUUAUAUAUGUUAUUGUAAUAAAUAUUUGAAAUGUUUAUUUUA